AAAGAAUAUUAAAGCACGACACGGAUUUCCAUUUCUUUUCGAAAUUUACUCCCAAUACCGGCACCGAUACGAUCGUCGGUGUCAGAUGUCGGAACCCGAGCGGUAGCCCCGGCUCCGAGUCCCGGAGGAGAUGAGGAAAUCUCAUCGCCUCGUCGAAGGCUUCCCUCUGGAAAGGAAAUGGCUCGCACUCCUCCUCGGGAUCUCUCUUCUCACCCUUUCCCUCCUCUUCGCCACCAUCGCCCCCGGCAAGCCCCGCAUGCCCUCCGAUCUCGAUCCCACCGCCGGCGGCCGCCGCCCCCCAAGGCCGCCGAGGCUCGCCUACAUGAUCUCCGGAUCCCGGGGUGACGGCCUGCGGCUCCGCAGGGCUUUACAGGCUCUGUACCACCCCUGGAACUUCUAUCUCCUCCACCUUGACCUCGCCGCCCCGCCGGAGGAGCGGGUGGAUCUGGUGGCGUACGCCCGAUCAGAGCCGGCGUUUGCCGAGUUUAGGAACGUCCGGGUGGUGGAGAACGCCGACGCGGUGUCGCACAAGGGGCCGACGAUGAUCGCGUGCACCCUCCAUGCGGUCGCUAUACUAUUGAGGGAGUUCGAGGAGUGGAGCUGGUUCAUUAAUCUCAGCGCCGCGGAUUAUCCUCUUAUGCCGCAAGAUGAUAUUCUUCAUGUGUUCUCAUACCUUCCGAGAGAUCUCAAUUUCAUUGAGCACACGAGUAAUAUUGGUUGGAAAGAGUAUCAGAGGGCCAGGCCCAUUAUCGUAGAUCCAGGAUUGUAUGUAUCAAAUAAAACAAAUGUAUUUUGGGCUAAAGAGAAAAGAAGCAUGCCUGCAUCUUUCAAACUAUUUGUAGGCUCUUCAUGGGUGGUGUUAGCUCGGCCUUUCCUUGAAUUUUGCAUAUGGGGUUGGGAUAAUCUCCCCCGGACAUUACUCAUGUACUACACAAAUUUCUUGUCAUCCACAGAAGGCUACUUCCAUACCGUGAUAUGCAAUUCCAAAGACUUUCAGAACACCACCGUCAACCAUGAUUUGCGUUUCAUGAUGUGGGACAAUCCACCUCGCCAAGACCCCCUUAAUUUGACAUCGCAGAACUUUGAUCUGAUGGUUGAUAGUGGGGCACCCUUUGCUCGAACAUUUACCAAGGAUGAUCCUGUUCUGGACAGGAUCGACAGGGAGCUGCUGGGGAGAUCUAGUGGCAGAUUCUCUCAAGGUGGGUGGUGCUUGGGAAGUUCUCGAUUUGGUAAGGAUCCUUGUGCUGUUUAUGGAAAACCUGGUGUCAUAAGACCAACGAUGGGUUCAAGAAGGCUGGAGAGGCUGUUGCUGAAGCUCCUGGAUUCCGAGAAUUUUAGGCCUAGACAAUGUGCUGAAGCUCCUGGAUCCCGAGAAUUGUAGGCCUAGACGAUGUGAAUAAUUCAAAAUUGUUAUACCCCAAUACUGUAAAGUUUGUAGGGUUUUACCGCACAGCUGGUUAUGGGGCAAAUGUGCACAUGCAGGCGCUACGGCUGUUUCUGUUGUGCAAUUGCUGUAUAACUGAUUUUUGAGGGAACAUGCGGCAAUUGUUUUUAUCCUUUUCGGUCUCUCUUUCCAUUUCAUUUUCUAAGGUCAUCUUUUGAACAUUUGUUACAAAAAAAAAAAAAAAAAAAAAAAGAAAGGGAAAAGAAAGAAAGAAAGAGAAGGAAGAGAAGUGCUAUGCGCUAUUUGCAGGCUGCCAAUGUAUUCCUGUAUCUCACUCCUGUUUUAAGCUGGACAAAUGCAUUCCUUUCCAGUUCAUGCUUCGAGAUGAUGUUUCAAAA